AUGAACCCCUUGCUGGGCCUGAGCCUGCUUCUGGCUGGCCUCCUUACUGUGGAAGGUCUUCUGAAGCCGAACUUCUCUCCAAAGAAUCGUGAAGCUGUGAGUCAGGGCCAAGGAGGGAAGGGAAAGGGGACAGCUCAGGAGCUUGCAAAGCGCAACACAGACUUUGGACUCAAGCUGUUUAAGAAACUGUCUUUCCACACCCCUGACAAUAACAUCAUCUUCUCCCCCUGGAGCAUCUCUAUGGCCUUCUCCAUGCUAUCUCUGGGGGCCCAGGACUCCACCCUGGCUGAGAUCAAGGAGGGCUUCAACUUCAGGAGCAUCCCUGAGAAAGACAUCCAUGAAGGCUUCCAUUACCUCAUCCGCAGCCUGAAUCAGAGGAACCAGGACCACAGGCUGGGACUCGGGAAUGCCUUGUUUAUUGACCAGAAGGUAAAGCCCCAGCAGAAGUUUCUGACAGAAGUCAAGAACAUGUAUGAGGCAGACAUCAUCCCCACCAACUUCCAGAACCCAGAAAAUGUUCAGAAGCAGAUCAAUAACUAUGUCAGUCAGAAAACCCAGGGGAAAAUCGACAACCUAGUCAAGAACAUAGACCCUGGCACUGUGAUGCUUCUUAUCAACUAUAUUUUCUUUCGAGCCAGGUGGCAACAUGAGUUUGACCCAAAGGAAACAAAAGAGGACGAUUUCCUUCUGGACAGAAACAAGACCGUGAAGGUGCCCAUGAUGUUCCAUGUGGGCAUGUAUAAAGUGGGGCGUGAUGACCAGCUGUCCUGCACUGUCCUGGAAAUGCCCUACCAGAGCAACUUCACGGCCAUCUUUGUUCUUCCUGAUGAGGGCAAAAUGAAGCAAGUGGAGGAAGCCCUGGGGCUGGACACUUUUGACAGAUGGCAAAAGUUACUCGUACGAAGCCUGCUGGAUUUGCACCUGCCAAAGUUUUCCAUUUCUGGAACAUAUAACCUGGAAGAGAUACUUCCUCAUAUUGGUCUCACCAGCUUAUUCCACUCAGAAGCUGACUACUCAGGAAUUACCGGGCAGCUCAACAGAACAAUCUCCAGGGUGUCACACAAGGCGACAGUGGACGUGAGUGAGCGGGGAACCGAGGCAGGCGUGGCCUCCGGCCUCCUCUCCCAGCCUCGGUCGCUGAAAGCGACGUCAGCCCCACACGCCCGUUUCAACCGGCCUUUCCUCCUGCUCCUUUGGGAGGUGACCACCGAGAGCCCACUCUUCCUGGGAAAAGUUGUCAACCCAGCUGCUGGGUGA